AUGACUAUCAAUGAGAUUGACGAAGUGUUUUUGUUUUGCGAAAUUAAUAAUUUAUUAAACGAUCAUUCAGAAUCAGUUCAUGCAUCAAUAACAGUGAGUUUAAAUACUUUGAAAAUUCAAAAUGCUAAGCUUUAUCGAGAAGUUAUUAAUGACAUACAUAAAAUAGAACGUGAAUGGGACAUUGCAUUAUUAAAUAUUCAAAAUAAAAUUGCUCAAGAAGAUUGUUUUUUAGAUUCCGAUUAUACAAUUAAAGAAAACUGUCAUGUUCGAUUUACAAAUCUACCGAUUAACGAAGAUAUUUUAUGUGGCAUUUUUCCAGAUAAUGAAUGUAUAGGACUUUUUGUUCAAGUUAAGGGGAAUGUUAUCCAAAUGUCACAAGAAAAAUUAUUAGAAAUUAAACGUGAAAUGGUUUGUUCAAAAUGUAAUUCCACUUUUAUCUUUGAAGCCCAAUAUGGGAAAAUGUAUAAAUUUGAUAUUCCAGAGCGUUGUCUUAAUAUAGGAAAUUGCAAAGGUAUACUUCGACUAAAAAAUAAUUUACCUAAACCUGAAUAUUGCAUGGAUUUUCAACAAAUCAAAAUUCAAGAAUUUGUUUCCACAGAUUGUGGAAAUUAUCCGACAUCUUUAAUUAUAUGCCUUGAAAAUGACUUGGUUAAUUCUUGUAAACCAGGUGAAUGUGUAACAAUUUGUGGGGUAGUAGAAGCACGAUGGCGAAGCUUAAACGUUGGAUCCCGAGGACUACAUGUGUUGUCGUUGCGGGCAAACAGUAUAGUAAAGGAAAAUAAUAAACCCAAUAACAUAUGCAAAGAUUUUGACGAGCAAAUGUUUUGUGCACAAGCUCAAUGGCAAGAAAAUGUUGAUAGCUUAGGUUUAAUUAAAGCUCGCAACUUAUUAGUAGAUUCUAUUUGUCCAGAAAUAAUUGGAAUGAGUUACAUCAAACUGGGGCUUGCUCUGGCCUUAUCGUCUGGAUUUCAUGCUAAAAGAAAGAAAAUAAAUGAAAAGCGAGAUCAGUCUCAUAUUUUAUUAGUUGGAGAUUCAGGGUCAGGAAAAUCCAAAAUGCUAAAUGCAAUUUGCCAAAUUACUCCAGGAGCAAUACAUACAAAUGGUUUAGGUUGUUCUGUAGCAGGCUUGACGGCUGCAGCCUUCAAAGAUGGCAAUGAUUGGAAUUUGCAAGCAGGCGCAUUAGUACUUGCUGAUGGAGGAUUAUGUUGCAUAGAUCAAUUCAAUUUAAUGCAUCAACAUGACAAAGCUGCUGUACACGAAACAAUGGAACAGCAAACGAUUAGUAUCGCCAAAGCUGGUUUGGUUUGCAAAUUACAGACUCAAUGUAUUAUAUUAGCAUCUGCUAACUUUAAAUCAUCAACUAGACAAACAACUGAAAAAUUUUUGCCUUCCAAUUUGGAUAUUGGAGGUCCACUCUUAAGUCGGUUUGAUUUAAUUUUUGCAGUAAAUGACGACCGAGAAAUAGAAAUGGAUUUGCAAAUCACUGAUCACUUACUGAAAUUGACAAAAAAUGCUUGUGAAGCCAGAUACUUGCAAUUGUUAAGCCAACAAAGAUUACAAUCUCAUUUUGCAGCAAUAAGGGAAAUCAAUCCUAAGUUUCAUAAUCUAGCCCACAUUGUGUUAGGUUCUUAUUAUAAAUAUUAUCGAUCUAAUUUUGAGCGUGAUCUAUCUAGAACAACAGUUAGGAUGUUAGACAGUAUUAAUCGUUUGGCUCAAUCGCAUGCUCGUCUAAUGUUUAGAAAUGAAGUACUUGCUUUCGAUGCAAUUAUUGUAAUAGAAUUAUUAGAAGCAACAUGGGGGUUUGGAAAAAUCAUAAAACCACCGCAUUUUACAAAGAAAAGUGAACAAUUAUUAAUAGACGACAGCACAAUAUCAAUAAUUUUGGAUGCUUUAGAUCUAAAAGUUAAUAAUUUUCAGACGAAAACUGACCUGGAAUAUGUAUCGCGCAAUGAUGCUCAACAAAAUAGUCAAAGCAUUUUAAGUGCUGAUGAGGAAUGCAGAGAAUUUCUCGUUGAUGAUAGACGAAAUGUAACAAAAGAAUUUAAUAUAACAAAUCGAGAAUAUUUUCAUCAGCAUAUUGAAAAUACUAAUUUACGAAAAAAUAUCUUUUCUAAAGAAGCAAACGCUUUAGAAGAAACGCAUAAUAUAUUAAUAUCUAAUAAAACUGAAAAUGAACAAUCUCUUUGUAAAUCUCGAAAAUUUUUAAACAAAAAUGGAACAAAGAAACUUCCUUCACAUUUUAUAGAUGAUUAUUUUGACGAUGGAUUUGAAAAUAUUUUGUCCCAAGGUAAAUUUGUUGGCCUUCCACAUAAAAUGGUCGAAGAAUCAAGAACUAGUUUACAUAAAGAAAAUACUAAAAAAGGAUGUCAACUAGCAGCAAACAAAAGUUACAAAUGA